AUGGAUGAUGAUGACGAUGAGACAGAAGGUGACGAAACGGUUGACUUCGUCGAGGAGGUUGUAGUUAUAGGAUGGAUGGUAGUAGGUGAGGUGCGGGUAUCUUGUGGGCGAGUAGAUGCAGUGGUAGUAGAUGAUGACUAUAGGCGAGGCGCCAAUGCGAGAGGAUGUGAAGGAGGUCCAGGGGGAAGAGUAGUGCGUAGAGGAGGUAGUGCCGUGACUAAUUAA